UUUGAUCUGAAAGAUAUGGAUUUAUGGAUUUAUGAGUUCAACCGGAGGUUCGAUGGAUUGGCUCACACGUUUAUGAGUCGGACCGCACGUUUAUGGGUCUCUCUCUCCCUCUCUCUCCCUCCCCUGUGCAAAGGGCUGGAAGACGCAACCAGGAAUUUCUCCGUCCGCCAUUGCCGUAGCUCCUCCUACACUUUAGCUUCAGAGGGAAUUAUGGAUUGGCUUCGCAAGUACCGAAGGCUGGAGACAAGGUGUAAGGUGGGUCCACUGCCCGGGAUGGAUACGAUCGACAGGGCUAUAUCGACCAUCCUACCAGACAAUCGGGGAGUGCCAUCAAGACCUACCAGCACCGAUACCAAUGAUGCUUCUUUGGUGGCCGAGGCUCAAGGAAUUGUACUUGAUAUGUGCACCAAGCAACCCCCCUCACAUUAUUCCAAGCACCCUCUAUGUCAGGUGCUGCCGAGCUUGAGAGUCAAGUCUGCCCUGCUAUUGUUACAAGGCCUAAUCCAAAGGUGGUUGGAUCAUGAUGCCAUCGUUGGGCGGCUUUUGUAUCUCUUUCAACCUCUCAAGCAACACUACAUUUCUAGGGAAAAAUUGCCGAGUGUCAUGCAAGCUGCUCUGCGCAUGUUCCUGCUUGUGGUUUUUGAUCAAUUGCAUGAUAAACUUAGGAUUUUGGUGCUGUCGAUGGUAUGUAUUUGGACUACAAGUUCUUCCUUGGUUCAUACCCUCCCCCUUCACUUCAAUAAAUCACUUAGUGAUAUUUAUUGAAUCAGAUUAAGCAACAACGCGAAGGAAAUGCAAUUGAGGAAAGCCUGCUGCAGAGUGUUUUAGACAUAUAUGUCAAGAUCAAUACAGGAAACAUGUCUCGAUACGAGGAUAAUUUUGAGACACAUGCUUAAGGACGCUUGCUCGUACUAUUCUCUAAAGCCCUCGAGAUGGAUUCAUGUGGACUCACUCGUAGAGUUUGUCUUGAAGGCAUAUGUAGAAUCGCCUUUCCAUUUAUCUCCGAUUGAAACAGCCCAUUCUUCCCAAAUCAGUUUGUGCUAUAACAUUCUUAAUUUCAGGUUUGUGGAUGCUUGCAAAAGGAGAUAGAAUGGGUUGACACUUACAUGCAUCCCACCACCAAGCCGAAGCUAAUAAAGGUUUUGAACCGCCCUUUCUUGUAUUAGUGUUGUUUCCUCAUGCAUAUCCUUUGCACUACUGAUCGGAAACACUCUAACCGUAGAGAGUUGUAGAAGAGUUUCUUAUAGACGAUGAGAAAUUAAAAGAGAAGUGCAGCAGGAGUUUCCUCAACUGCUUAUAGACGAUCAGGUCAAUUGCUUAUAGGCUAAAAAUGAGAUUGAAAAUGAAAUGAAAUUGACUUGAUCGUUUAUAAGCAGUUGAGGAAACUCUUGUUGCACCUUCUCUUCUAAUUUCUCAUCGUCUAUAAGAAACUCUUCUACAACUCUCUACAAUUAGAGUGUUUCCGAUUAGUUGUGCGAAGGAUAUACAUGAGGAAACAACACUAAUCCAAGAAAAGGCAGCUCCAAACCUUUAUUAGCUUUGGCUUGGUGGUGGGAUGCAUGUAAUUGUCAACCCGUUCUUUCUCCUCUUGCAAGCAUUUGCAAACCUGAAAUUACGAAUAAACUAAUUUGGGAAGAAUGGGUUGUUUCAAUUGUAGAUAAAUGGAAAGGCGAUUCUGCAUAUGCCUGCAAGACAAACUCUGCGAGAGAGUCCACAAGAAUCCAUCUGGAGGCCUUUAGAGAAUAGUACGAGGAAGUCUCGUUAAGCAUGUGAGUCUCAAAAUCAUGGAUCGAGACAUGUUUCUUGUACUGAUCUUGACAAAUAUGUUUAAAACCCUCCGCAGUAGGCUUUCCUUAAUUGCAUUUCCUUCGCGUUGUUGCUUAUUCUGGUUCCAUAAAUAUCACUAAGUGAUUUAUUGAAGUGAAGGGGAGGGAAUGAACCAAGGAAGAACUUGUAGUCCAAAUACAAACACUUGACAAUCCCUGAACUAUUGUAUUUCCUCACAAGCAUCUUAAAAGGGCUCUUGAUGAAGCAUUCGUUGCCAUCUGCAACGAAGAUGUUACUUGAACCUCAGUCCCUGGACUAUUGGCAACAUAUUGUGAUGAUCUUUGUCAGCACCCAA